CGGGUGGAUAGUUUUCAUUUCCCCCCUCCUCUUCCUCCUCCUCCUCCUCCUCCUUACAGAGAGGGGAGUUUCUGGUGUGGUGGUGUCUCUUCUUUUCUUUUUUUUAGUUGUUGUUAUUUUGUUUGACGUGCCUGUCUUUCCCAGCGGCUGGCUUGAGAGCGCUGCGUGGCCUUCUUUCGCCUCCGGUGAUGCGCCCAGGCCAAGAGGCAUUUUUGCACUGAACGUCUCCAGACUCGGCUGGCUGAGGGAAAGAAAGGCAGCGAUUAAGCGGCUGGCUGGCUGGCUGACGGACGAUCGCCGCCUGCCUCGGGUUGCACGAAAUAGCCACAAAGUCUCCGGCCCCAGAAGGAGCCGAGGGGUCGUCCUCAGGACCAGCAGGAUGUACACGGCCGGACUGGCCCCCUUUUAUGCUUCCAACUUCAGUCUGUGGUCAGCGGCGUAUUGUACCCAGUCAGGGCCGGGCGCUGGCGGCUGCUUCCCGCUGGAUCCCUCGGGGCUCAAGAAACCUUCUUUCUGCAUCGCGGACAUUUUGCACGCCGCCGCCGCCGGGGAGGCGGCAUCGGUGGACGGCCUGCCCGGAGCUGCCUCUGCCAACCUGGCCCCCCACUUAGGGACAGUCCAUGCCCACUCGCAGUUCCACACUGCGGCAUCCCCGCUCAGGCCCACCCCCAUGGUGGCUCCGGACACUCCUGUCGCCUUCCCCUCCAGGCUCUCUCCCCUCUCGGCUACUUUUCAUCACCCACACCCCCAGCACCAUCGCUCUCCCACCGGAGGAUCCAGUGGAGGCGCACCAACCGCGGGCAGGGGCCAAAACCAUCAGACCCAUCCCGGCUUGGCUGCCGCACCCUCCAGUAAAGACUUGAAAUUUGGGAUUGAUCGCAUAUUAUCUGCGGAGUUUGACCCGAAACUCAAGGAAAGCAACACGCUGAGAGAUCUGACCUCCUUAUUAACCACCAGCCGCCCAACGGGGGUUCACAUCCCCGUCUUUCAGCCGCCGGCCGCCGGCCAGUUCUUCGCGUCUCUAGAACCCAUUAACGAGGCCUCUGGGGUCCUGGGGCCUUUAAACACAACCCCAAGGAAUUCCGUGCAACACCAGUUUCAAGACACUUUUCCAGGUCCUUACGCGGUGCUCACGAAAGACACGCUGCCUCAGACCUACAAACGGAAGCGGUCCUGGUCCCGAGCGGUUUUUUCCAAUCUGCAAAGGAAAGGGCUGGAGAAGCGCUUUGAAAUCCAGAAAUACGUCACCAAGCCGGACAGAAAACAGCUGGCAGCCAUGUUAGGACUCACGGACGCUCAAGUGAAAGUCUGGUUCCAGAACCGGCGCAUGAAGUGGAGGCACUCAAAGGAGGCGCAGGCACAGAAGGACAAAGAGAAGGAGCCAGCGGAGAAGGCGGCAGGGGGCGCUGUGCCGACAGUCGAGGGCGAGACUGAGCGCAGCCCGAGCCGCUCCGAAGGCGAGAGCGAAAGCAGCGAGGCCGAAUCCCUGGAUCUGGAACCCGGAAGCGAUGCGGAACGGACUGAGGCAGGAGCCGCCGUCGACCAGCCUUUGCAGCGGCACAGCCCGGAGCUACACCACCCAGUCGGAUCGGAGACUACAGUUCACCCCGUGGCGCCUUCGGCUCCCACGGGCCUGGACCAAGGCAGAGAGCUUCUGCGACGCCCCGAGCCCUCGUUUUGCCUGCGGGACUCUCCGUGACUGCCUUCUCUAGGAGGACUAGCUGGCUGGGAAGCCACCAGAAGCCAAAGUCCCAAGUGAUCUCUCCUCCCUCCCCAACUGGGAACUGGGGCAUAGUAACAUCUCCCUAACUGCUGUCGGGUGUGGCGUAACACUAACCCCUAAGAGAUAUGUUAUUUUCGAGGUAAACUACCUCUUAACUGCUGGAUUUGUGGUACCAACCUCUGCUACAGGUGGGGAGAUCAGAGGUUUCUCUAACUAUGCAGAAUGUCAUCCUCCAGCAGUGAGUGGGGAGAGGGUGCCCCCAGGCAGCUCAAGAGUGUCAGGACCCAUUUAGGAAGGGGACGCGCCGAAUUAGCUCUGGGAAGCCGUCUCCUACAAGUUCCUGGCCGGGAGCCUUCCUAGGCCGAGGAAUUCGCAGACCACCUCUUCAUCCUGUUUCUAAUUCCUCCAGCCCCCGAUCCACCCAGGUCCUCCCCCUCCCCCAUUCACAAUGUGAAGUAUUUUACCAACCCCACCCAGCCCGACCCCUUGCCAAAUGUGUUGCUUUGUAUAAUCUGGCCAAGAAAUACUGCACUGAAAAAAGAAAAGAACGUAGACUGUAAAUAAAUUGUUUGUUAAAUUGGUUAUGUCUGUUUUUGUUGCUAGAGAGAGCAGUCUAGCUGGGAUGGUCCACUUUGCGAAGGGCAAUCGGGAUUCACGUAAGGAGACAAAUCUCCUCCCUUCCUCCGCAGUUGUCCCUCCAGAUGUUGCUGGGCCUCAGCUUCCAUCAGUCCCAGCCAUCACGGCCAAUGGUCAGGGAUGAUGGGAGUUGUAGUCCAGAAACAUCUAGAGAGCCGCAGGUCUGUCAACUGCUCUAUAAACUUACCUCUUUUCCUCGACGCUCAAAAGCGGGAACAAAACAGCCUCAUUUCCCACAUACGAUGACUGAUUUUUAAAAUGACUAUAGGGCGAAAUUUGUGAAAGCCACAGCUGGCAAACUUGUAGGUUUACUUCUUCACGUUUCUAAACGUUCAGUAAAUUGUAGGUUAUCUCACGCUGCAGAGAGGGUGCCCUUUUCUGUUUAGUAUCUCCAAGAAAAGGAAUGGUU